GCACAGUACCAAAUUGUACCCUGCCUAGUCCGUUCGUCAGCGAAUUCUUAUUUUCUCGUUGCCCGUUUUGACCCAUCGCUUCCGUCAUACGAAUUUAAUCGCAUAGUUUUUUGUCUUUUAAAAAAGUGCAGUUUCUACUCUGUGUUGUGUGCUAUUUCGGGAAAUUUAUUGUUCUGUCUCCGAAUUGUUUGAAGUAUAAAAUACAAACGGAGCGAUGUCGUCGGAGUACUCCUUCUGUAGCGAGGGAGGUUUCGACGAACUCUCGAGCUCCUCCGAUUCCGGUUUCGACGUGAGCUUUGAAUCGCCAAAGCACGAAGUAUCAACCGACUCUCUCUUUCCCGCGGCUAAAGAAGAGAAGCGCAAGAAAACGCGAAAUACUCGUUGCAAAAGUCCCACGCAGGUGUUGAGAUUAAAAAGAAACCGGAGGAUAAAAGCGAACGACCGCGAGCGUCACAGAAUGCACACCCUAAACGACGCUCUGGAACGUCUGAGGAUGGCCCUGCCGACGUUUCCCGAAGAUACUAAAUUGACAAAGAUAGAAACGCUUCGUUUCGCACACAAUUACAUCUGGGCGCUGUCGCAAACCCUGGGUAACUCCGAGGGUGGCGAGAUUACGGUGAACGUCGGCAACGUCACCGUCAGCAUCGGCGAGACCGGCAACAUGAUCACCUCAUCGACCGGAAGCUGCGCGGUGGCAGCCCAGAAGAGGCUGGGGCCUCAGCAUACCGCGAGCUUUCCUUAUCCUCCUCAGGAACGAUUCGUCGCACCGGAGUGGCAGGAAUAUGACUGCUACAGCGAUCAAAGUGUGAGUCCACCGAUGCAGUACCAGUCCUGCUACGAUCAGAGGAUGUACCAGGUUCAUCGCCCUCAGCAUCAGCUGCCGCCGCCACCGCCUCAUCACCAUAUGCCUCAUCACAAUAUGUAUCAGUGUCUUUAGACUACGCCGACGGCAUAUGUUUCAUUCGAUGGCUCGAGCAGUUCAUUUCUUCAACGUUACAAAUUCAUUUAUCUUCUUUAUCCGCGUCAUAAUCAGUGUUGCAAUAUUGAAAGAGAUACAAAAGCAGAUAUUUCCUGGAUAAUUGCAUUAAAUAGAGGAAAAAUUAAAUCACAAUAUGUAUCAGUGUCUUUAGACUACGCCGACGACAUAUGUUUCAUUCGGUGGCUCGAACAGCCAAUUUCUUCAACGUUACAAAUUCAUUUAUCUUCUUUAUCCGCGUCAUAAUCAGUGUUGCAAUAUUGAAAGAGAAACAAUGGCAGAUAUUUCCUGAAUAACUGCAUUAAAUAGAGGAAAAAUGGAAUAUAAUUGCAUCUGAAAAAUGGCUGAAGAGUGUAUUUGUCCAAAGAACUGAUGUGAGUGUAAAAAGAAAAGACAGUGCUAUGAUUAUAUGUCGUUAUCUACUUUAUAAGAGAGUAUUUUAUUCGAGAAAAAUCGCAUCGGGUUUACGAUGCUUAUAGAGUGGUUGGGGUGGUUUUCUAAUUCUUGCUUUUAAUUCUUAAUGAGUGCAUUUUCUUGUACAUCAAUAAAAAGAACGAAUUAUAAAUAAUUAAGAUGUACAAUGCUAUUUUUGCAAGAAUGAUGAUUGUAUAAAGUACAUUUUAUUCUAAUUUUGCCAAUAUUAGAAG